AUGGCGCCCUUCCUGUUUCCUCCUCGUCCUCGAUCUGAAACAUCUCGGAGGCGUGCCGGCGCCGUCACAUCGGUGCUGCCGGCCUGUUGGCUGCUGCUCUGGACGCUGACCGCGCCGGUCGGUUGUAUUCCCGGCUCCGAGAUUGAAGUCUCCGAGAUUGAAGGCUCCGAGAUUGAAGUCACGGAGACGCCCGACGGGAUCAAGCUGAGCUGCACCGACAAAUAUCAGCUCCAAGGAGGCGAUGGUAGAAGUGUUGACUCCCUGGACUACAGAGACGAGAACACGGGCGAGUACAGGUGUGUGAGGCGGGACGGGGGGGAGGAGCCUGAAGGAGCAAAGAUCUACGUCAAGUUCCGAACCUGUGACAACUGCAUCGAGCUGGACUUGGCGUCCAUCACAGGAAUCGUGGUAGGAGACGUCGUGGCGACGCUGCUGAUCGGCGUGACCGUUUACCUCAUCGCCGCUCAGAGCCGGAGCGCUGCGGUCACCGCCCUCAAGAAAAGCUCUGACAGACAGCAUCUCGUCCUCAAUGAAACGACCCAAGCCCCCAACGACCACUACCAGACUCUGCUUGGCCGUCAGAGGGACACGUAUGAUGUGCUGAACAGGCAGGCACGUGCACAGGUAGAGCCCUAGUGGUGCUCAAGCACCAGCCCUUUGGCCCUGGAUGAGAAAAGGGCCCUUUUUGCUGGAGCCCACUUUUUUUCUUCAUUAAUAAGUAUUUAAGAAUAAAAAAUAGUCUCUGUCAUCAAGUCCUCCCAAAUGUGUUUGGAUAUCUGUCGGGGCAUUUAUUGGAGUUCUUGUGAGAAUUUCGCCCCGACAUGCUCCGCGGUGCUCACGAGCCCCCGCCGCGCCCCUCCUCCUCCUCCACUUCCUCCUCCGCGCAGUGCUCCUCGCGCCACCGAACGGGUGCACCUCCUUCUCCUCUGACCCGCAGCACCAGACACACUACAGGUCAUGAGUCAUGACGGUGUUUGUCCCCUGACGUUGUUUGGUGAUAAAUUAACCACAACUGAAAAUAUUACGUCACAACUGGUCCGACGUUUCCUAAAAAAUAAAAAAAAACACAAAUUCCCGAAAUCCGUUAUUUCAAAGUCUAGUCCAGCUGUUUACUGACGUCAUGUUUGAGAGAGAGAGAGAGAUCUGUUUUAUAAAUGCCAUUUAGACAAUUUCGAUAGUAUGUUGAAUUUAUGAAUUCAUUUUAUAAAUGUCACAAUAAUUCACAGCUGGAACAGAGCAGCUAAACUAUGCUAACAAUAGCUCUCUGUGUCAUGCUGUCCAUGUGCCACAUUGUUUUAUGUGGUAUGUUUCUCUUUGUUUUGUCUGUUCCAGUUUUACAAAGAUCAAUCUCGUAUGAGUAAUUGCAGAGGGUGAAAAGAGUAAACGCAAGAAAACAACAACACUUGUAAUAGCUUCUUACUAACCAAGAGUGAUGUCAUGCUGGGAAAUAUCAGAUCGAGGCCUUAUAACGUUUUUACAGAAGUUUAAUAUUUCCCGGCAUGACCGAACGGUCGAGGUUAGUACGUUGUUUAUUAUAUGGCAUUUUUGGCUCCUAUUAUUUUGCAAAUGAAAAUAAAUUGUAAUUGUUAAUAGAAAACAUGUCAUUUUGUUCAACUCUCAUGUCUUCUCACGACACAAUGUGUUUCAAGUGUUGCUAGCAACCAACUCCUUAACUUGGAAAAAUCAUUUUGGCGAUGGGUGCCCUUUUUUUUGGUUUGAGCACCUGCCCCCCAAAAUGUCUGUGCACGUGCCUGUGAACAGGAAAUAGAUUUUCUUUGCACCUGAACCGUCUGCAGGAGGAAGAGUCUGCUACCUGUGACGCUCGUCCCUCGUGAUGAAACCAUUUCAUCUUUUAUCAUUUCUUUCACUCGGCCUGUAAGACGUUGCUCUGUCACAUCGUGACGGUAUCAUUUUAAUGGCCAACAUGGUAUUUUCAUUCAUGAAGUGUGUUUUUCUCUUAGAAGAGGGGCUACAACAGCCUCCAUGUGUCAUCACUUGAACAUGAAGGGUUUAUUUGGAUAAUACACUGAAUGUAUCAGGAUGAAAAAUAAAAAUAUAUAAUCGAGGACAAAAAAUAAUGUAAUGUUG